CUCCAAGAAGGUCGAAGAAAGUAUUUUUAUAAUAUUCAGGUCAAAAAUGCCAUUUGAAAGACGAAAGUAUUUCAUUAUCAACAAAUUCAAUUAAUUUAUCCAUGAUCCAUAAUUAUAUUACGUAAAUUGAGGGAAAGUAUUUUGUUUUGUACAACUCGCGUCUCGUCAUAAAAUCCUCAAAAUAUUCCCGUAUCAUAUCACAACACAAUUUUCCAAACAGUUAGUCAAAGUGCAUUCAAAUCGGUCUUUAAAAAAUGCAAAUCACAACACACAUCGCAUUUCAUUAUGGUAAUCUUAAACUAUAUAACCAUCCGCCUUCCACGAAGCUCCUAAGACAACGUUUCUGCCUUCCGUUAGUCUCCCUUCGCACUAGAAGAUCACCAGUGGUGCGCAAGAUGUUCUUCUCCAUGGCCUUCACCCUUACCAACACCCUAAUCAUUUUGGCCAGCUUGAUGUUAGUCGUCAUCAGCAAAGGAAUUUUAGAAGAACGAAGAAAAAGAAGGAAUAUCGAGAAAAACGUCUCGGAAAAUGGGGAAAGUGGUUUAAUUGAACCACCGUCGCCAAGAAAAUUACCAAUAAUCGGACAUUUGCAUCUGCUCGGGGGUUACGAAGUACCGUAUCAAGCUUUUAGUGCUUUGGGGGAAAAAUUCGGGAAAAUAGUGAAAUUGCAACUGGGAGGGGUGAAGUGUAUUGUUGUUAAUGGAGAGAAAAAUGUAAGAGAGGCGUUGGUGACCAAGGGGAGUCACUUCGAUUCCAGACCCAAUUUUGAACGCUACCAGCAAUUGUUUGAUGGAAACAAGGAAAAUUCUUUGGCAUUCUGUGAUUGGUCGGAGACCCAAAAAGUCAGACGGGACAUGCUAAGAGUACAUACUUUCCCACGAGCAUUCACCAACAAUUUUUUCGCCCUAGAAAACAUUAUAUCAAUUGAAACGAAAAACAUGCUUUCUCAAAUAACUCCUGAAGCUAACACCGAUCUGAAACCUAUCAUAGCCAAAAACUGCGCAAAUAUUUUCUUGAGCCAUUUUUGCUCAAAAAGCUUCGACGUUCAAGAUGAACGCUUCGUAAAAACUAUUGAAAACUUCGAUGAAAUCUUCUUCGAGGUUAACCAAGGUUAUGUUGCUGAUUUUCUGCCCUUUUUGACUCCGUUACUAAAGAAAAAUAUGGAGAGAAUGAAAUGUUUAACACACGAAAUCAGACAGUUUGUUGAAGAUGAAAUAAUUGAAAAGAGAUUUGAUGAGUUUGAUUCAGAAUCGGAACCUGCUGAUUACGUAGAAGGUCUUAUUAAAUACGUUAAAAAAGACAAUGCUGAUUUUGAUUGGAACACUGCUCUUUUCGCUUUGGAAGACAUCAUUGGCGGGCAUGCAGCAGUAAGCAACUUUUUAACCCAAGUAUUCGCCUUUUUGGUCAAGGAACCGCAUGUCCAAAAGAAAAUACAGGAAGAAAUUGAUGAAAAUGUCGGAAAAAACAAAACCGUUACGAUUGGGGAUCGAAAUGUCAUGCCUUACACUGAAGCGACCAUUUUUGAAGCUGUUCGAAUGAUAGCGUCUCCGAUUGUACCCAGGGUUGCAAACAGAGAUAGUUCUAUUAAUGGUUACAAAAUUGAAAAGGGCUCUGUAAUUUUCAUGAACAACUACGAAUUAAAUAUAUCAGAAGAACUUUGGGAUCAGCCGACGAAAUUCAAGCCAGAAAGGUUUUUGAAAAACGGAAACCUGGUGAAACCAGACCAUUUUUUGCCAUUUGGAGGGGGACGUAGAAGCUGUCUAGGAUACAGGAUGGUCCAACUUAUAUCCUUCGGGGUCAUAGGAGGAUUUUUACAAAACUUCACAAUCUUGCCUGCCGAUAAAGAAUCAUACAAAAUACAAGUUGGAUCACUAGCCCUCAAAAAAGACACAUUUAAAUUUAAAUUCGUUAAACGAUAAUUUUCUUAGAGUUAAAAUUCAAUUUAGUUUAAAUUAAUUUAAAUAUUUAUUUGUUGGAAUUUUGUAAUUCUGAGUACCUACUGGUGAUAUUAUUUAUUUUUGUAUUAUAUAAAGAAGGAUAUUUAUUUUUUAACAGUACCUAAGGCACG